CUCUUUCUUCCUGAACUUUGACCAUGACUCCCGCAAGAGUCUCUGGUGGAGGAUAUCAACCGAUUCCCGAAUAUCGAUUCUGACAUUCGUUGUACAUCAAUCAUCGAGCCCGGUUACCCGAUAAAGAACGUUCGACUAUGUGAAACCGAUUUCCCAUCAAUGAUCAUUUACUUAUAGACGAUCAUGUUGCAUUCGGUUGGAGGAGAGGUACAUGCAGUGAUUCUCGAGGUCCUGGAAACCUCCCAACUGGAGUGGCAUGGACAGAGGGGGCAACGAGGGAUAUGCGGCCUCCCUACACACUCCCGUACAGGCUGCUCCGACUCCAUGCCCCAGCAGCUAGCCGAACUGAUGAACCCCAAAAUUUAAAAAUGGGGGACCCAACGCAUGAAUGCAUGAAACCUCCAGCCAUCACCCCAUUCAACGCGAUCUCCACUGCAUGAAGAGUAACGUAUUACCAACCCACCGUUUUGUAUUCCCCUUUCACAGGUUUGUCUCCAGUGGCUAUGGUAACUAUGUUAUUUUCCGUUCUAUUCUUGGCGUUCAUAAAUUUCAUAAUGGUAUUGAUAGUUAUUUGCACUAAACUCCCGCAAGGCCUUAUAAUGACGACUUCCCACUCCCAUUCCUCCCUUCACUGUGCUUCUCAGGUCUGGUUGUGCCAACCUCUAUCUUCUCUUUCGCUCGCUUUCUUUGUUCGAAUUUUCGGUCGCCGGUGAUCGAAUUUCUUCCCCACUCGACGUGUAGUGCUUAUCCUCUCAUUCUCUAAACUCAAACAUUUGCGUGCAGAGCACCAACCGUUUUUCAUCUCAAAGUCACCUCGAAUUAACUCUCGUUAAAACUUUCCAUCAUGUUGUUCAAGACUAUCGUUCCCUUCGUCGCUGUUGCACUGGCAGGAUCUGUCGCUGCCCUUCCUCGUCCUAUUAACACCAAUUUAAUGGCUCGUGCCGCCGGUCAAACUGACGGGAAGACAAUCCUAAGCGGUAUUGGCGGGGCCCAGGAUAACGGUGCAGACAACGCCGGUGACAACGCCGGGACCGAUGACCAACAAUCGGCGGCGGGCUCGAACCAGACCGACACGGCGACUGGCUCUGAGGGCGGCAACAACGGUUCUGCUGACGCUGGAGGCCAAGCUGGUAACAGCACCGAUACUGGUGUUUCCACUAACGGAACGGCGACUGGGAGUGGCGCCGCUACUACUGUCACAGUGACCGUUACGAAAGUCGUCCAGUCCGCUGCUACUGGCGCUGCUAAUGCCAAGGGCAAGGGCAAGGGCAAAGGCAAAGGAAAGAAAGCCGGCGCUGCGGCAGCCAAGAAGGCAGCAGCGAAGGCGAAAGCCCAGCAGAACAAGAACAAGAACGGCGGCGACAAAAACAAUAACAACGGCACCGCUACCGCCGAUAACACGGGAAACAACAACGGAACCGCUACUGCCGCUGGCAAUGGGAACGACGCCAACGGUGCUGAAACUGCCAACAAAGGCGGCGCUCAGGCUGGUAACGGUGCUGGCGACGAAGGCGCUAACAACGGCGAUGUCAGUACCGAUGCCGGUGCUGGUGGUGCUGAUGCUGGUGCCGGUGCCGGGGAUGCUUCCACUGAAUCCCAAGCUCAACCGCCCGCCGAUGGCCAGCAGCAACAGAAGGCAGCUGGUGGUAAACGAAGACUCGACUUUGACGAUGAGAGCCUCGAGGACUUGGAUUAAACGAGUUACGAGUCGUCACCCCUUUUCUCGUCACUCGAAUAUCCCUUAGAGUAUGAUACCAAGGCGGCGGAACAAUUGGCUGACGGUUGGAUUUUACUAAAAAAACCUUCACAAUUGAGGUCGCCGUCCUUUCUUUUUGUUUAUUUAAGUCACUACGAUAGCGAUGCGUGAGUUAGCUAGAACUUACUGGAGUUGGUAUAAUAGACCUUUUGCUUUUUGCAUGGUACAACAUUCCUCAGUCCAUCAUCUUAAGUGGUACUAAUUUACUGAGAGGCAUUCUGUACGGUGUCCGUUAGACAUUCCUCCUCUGGUCCCUGAGUUUACUCACACAUGGUUCCUUGCCAUCAGUCGCUAUACUCCGACAGACAAAUAUAUAGUCCGUCUAGUACGCUAUAGGUAUUCUUCAUGGUCUUGC